GUAGAUUGCUAAGACUUUGUGCUCCUGUUUUUAAUUUCUUGAUCAAAAUCACUGCUGUGAAUCUUGCUUCCUUGUUCCUGUAACCAGCCUGCUCACAGUCACUCGUGUAAAGUUUCACUUUUGUUUUUGUUCUCAGGUAAUAGGACUACUGAGAAAUGAUGAAAUGUGGGCAGAUACAGAUCAAAUUGCACAGCUAUAUGGGAAGAUGAAAGAUUUUCUGAAGGUCUUCAGUCAGUGCAUUGAUGCUGAGAAUGGAGAGACAAUGAAGAGUGUUCUUCUGAAUCUUCUGCUUUCAUACUCUGACUAUGAGAGCCCUGAGGAAGCCGUGAGAAACCCUGUGACAGCUUACAGACUCCUCGGACAACUGAGAAAUGAUUUGAUAUAUAUUGUAAAACACAUUCAGCCAAAUCUUUAUCAGUGUGAAGAGUAUCAGGAUGAGCUGAACGCAAAGCUCCAAGAGAUCCCACAGCUGGAGGACUUGGAUGGUGCAGCUUCAGGACUGAUCAGACUGCAAGAAAUCUACAAACUCUACCCAGAAGACAUCACAAAGGAAACGUCUCUAAAUGCAGAUGAAGCCUACAAUGUAGGGUUGGUCGCUUAUGACGAGGACAAAUUCCAGUAUGCCUUUCUCUGGUUUCUGUACAGUCUGGACAGAUUAACAGAAUACUCAACCACUACUGAGGAAGAAUUACUCCACUACCUUAUUUCCUCAGCCUAUAAAUUUGGCAGCCUACAUAUGGCAAUUUAUUUUAGCCACAAGUUUCUAAAUCUGGAUCCAAGUAAUGAUGAAGUCAGAGUUCAGCUGAACAGACUCCUUCACUUACAGAGCAACCCUAACAUAUUCACACUGAACACAGAGUCAAGUAACUAUGAGACACUGUGCAGAGGAGAGGUUGAUGAGAGAACCUCCAAGAGGCAGAGGGCGCUGUCCUGUAGGUACAGCACAGGUGGAGGAAACCCCAGACUGAUGUAUGCACCAGUGAAAGAGGAAGUGGAGUGGGACGUACCUCAAAUCAUCAGAUAUCAUGACAUUAUAUCAGACAGAGAGAUAGAGAUCCUGAAGAAUAUCUCCAGACCUCAACUUUCUAGAUCGGAGGUUUAUCAAGAUGGACGGGGUACAGUCACAAAACAACGUCUUUCUCAAAGUGUGUUUCUGGAAUACGAUGACCCUAUGGAAGCUCUUGUCAGUCAGAGGAUUGCAGAUGCUACGGGACUCUCCAUGAAAAAAGCUGAACCACUGCAUGUUCAGAAUUAUGGGAUUGGUGGCAGAUAUGAACCACAUUAUGAUGCAUUAAAGACAGUGAAUGACAGGAUUGCUACAUUCCUAAUUUAUAUGAGUGAUGUGGAGAUAGGGGGCGCCACUGUGUUUCCUGAAGUUGGAGUUGCAGUGCAGCCGAAAAAGGGUUCAGCUGUGUUUUGGUACAAUCUCCACAAGAAUGGUAAACUGGAUUUGAAAACGAAACAUGCUGGAUGCCCUGUGUUAGUGGGUAACAAAUGGGUGGCUAAUAAAUGGAUCUGUGAAUUUGGACAGGAGUUCAGGAGACCCUGUUCUUUGUCAGAAUGGGAGUGAAAGAUUCUACGGGGCCUGAAAUAAUUUGUAUCUAUAUUAGGGCUGCUUGAUUAAUCUAAAUUAAACUGCAAGCGAUUUGGUUUAGACAGAUUUUUUUUUUUAUGCACAUCUUGUCAGUGAAGCACAGCUCUGUGAUCAGCAGUAAAUGCUGCUCCAUCUGAAAGCCAGAGAGCGCUCUCGUGCAGAAACUCCAAAUAUGCCCUGCAGACGUAAGAUAAUGCCAACUCGGUCUCACGGCAAUUCAUAAGUAUUUUACAAGGUGGCUAAUUCGUACGAAUUCAUACAACCUCACUCGUAUGAAUUCCAUUCUUUUUUUAACGUAUUUUAUAUGUUAUAUAUUUUUAAUAUAUAUAUUAAAUUCGUAUGAAUUCAUACAAAUGACCUAUCCCAAACCCCACCCCUAAACCUACCCGUCACUGGGGUUUAGACAAAUCUCGUAUGAAUUCGUAUGAGGGAAGGUCGUACAAAUUCGUACGAAUUAGCCAACUCAUAAAAUCUGACGAAUUGUUCAUGAGAUAUAGCGUUGGAUAAUGCACGUCAUUCCAGGAAAUCCCUAUGGGUAGGGCCAACAGAUAACUUUUUGCUACACCUGCAAAUGGCCAGUGACUUAAGAAAAUAUACUGGCCAAAACUAUAUUUUUUACCAGCCAUGAAACAAAAACAGGCAGUUAUGACUCCAAUAGUUAGAGAAAAUUCAUAAUCCUCUAUUCGCAUUUCGAACCACGUCUAAAACUACUAGCUUAACUAAUAUAAUUUUAAUAGUCUACAUUUUAAAAGACAGUCAGUAAUAAAAUAUGAACAAAUAAUCAAAUUACAAGCAUGAUGCAGCACUGACCCAUCAACUUUACAGAGUGUCAUUCACGUUUGUUCACUUUCAUAUCCUCAUAACAUUGCAUUGUUAGAAUUCAUAAAAAUGUUACUGGCCAUCUGACGACUGGCACAGUUUCAUAUAUUCACAAACACAGUUAAUUAAUGUGUUAAUUUUAUGCCCUGCCUAUGGCAUCAUACUAUCGCUGUUCCUGAAUAAACAGAAGAUUGAAAUGCUUUGGUUGAUUAAACAUGGCUAAUAAACACGACUAUGACAAUAUAUGGUUUUCAAGAUAUGGAGUUCUUCAAGCCUUUUUGGGUAUUUCCAUGAUAAUAAAGUAAACUGAAGUAAAAA